AUAGCAAUAAAAACUAGAAUUCUUUAAGUCACUUAAUGAUGACAUGUUGUAACACAUGAUUUAUUUAUACGACAUAUCACUGACCGAUAGUAUUCAUGGUUUUAAAUAGUUUAAUCAAAAAUUUCAAUAAUAAUCUCUAUCGCAUUAGCGUUACUCUAAUCAAUAAAAAGAAAUAUCGCUUGAUAAUAAUAAAUAAAAUUGGCACAGUUGAAACAAUAUCGACGUGUACUUUAAUAAUGAAAAAUAGAACAAGAAAUGUAUCAUUAAUGUAAAAAAAAAAACUGUUAGUAAUUCUUAUCUUUAUUUAAUUUUCUUAUCCUUAUCUAAUUUUCAAUUGCAAAUUUAAUAGAAAAGUUACAAAGUUACACGACUCAUUCAUAAUUGAGCAAAAUGGUUAAACUUUCCCAAAGAAGAGAAAUCUUUUAUUCAGCUCUCACGCUACAAUUCAAGAAAUCGGGACGUACAAAUAUAAAAUAGUCAUCACGAAGAUUUCUUCAUCGGCUUAAAACGGCUUAACGUAACGCGAGACGUAACGCGUGUCCUAUCAGCGAGGACGUGCCACGUCAUAUAAUCGCGCGUUUUUCUCGAUAGCUUCUCGGCGAGCGCGAUUUUCUCAUUCGUGCAGAACAGCGCUGGCUUGCGUGCAAUGAGCGAGAAUCAUGGGCAACAAAGCAUUGCCGUACUUUGCAUCCGGACCUGUCAUCAGGGGCUUCGGUAGAGGUUCCAAGGAGCUCGGUAUUCCGACAGCCAAUCUGCCGGAACCUGUGAUAAAUGCUUUGCCAAACGAUUUAGACACUGGAAUUUAUUAUGGCUGGGCUUCCUUGCAUGGACAAGUUUACAAAAUGGUCGCGAGUAUAGGAUGGAAUCCAUAUUACAAGAAUCAGAAAAAAUCAUUGGAAGUUCAUCUGCUACACGAAUUUCAAAAUGAUUUUUAUGGUGAAGAAUUGAAAGUGAUAAUUACUGGAUACAUACGACAAGAAAAAGAUUUCUCUUCUGAAGAGGAACUCGUCAAAGCGAUAAAGAAUGAUAUUGCAAUCGCGGACGAACGAUUAGAAGAACCUACUGUAAACAAGUUAAAAGAUGACGACUUCUUAUUCAAAUGAUUAAUAAUAAAUAUUAUCCUUAUCUAAAUAAUAAGUAUAGUUUUAGUUGCUCUUGCAAAUUUUCUUUUUAUUAUAUAGUAAUAAUUAUAUAGUAAAUAUUAUAUGGUAGUAAUAAUAUAACACAAACACGAAACUGUUACAUUCUUACGAAUUGGAUUAAAGAUUACACAUGUUAAAAAAAAAAAGAUAUAUGUACACUGUAGUAUAAAACAAGAAACUCACAUCUGAAAUUCACAUUUAUACGAUGUUAUAAAUUAUACAUAACUUUUUUUUACAUAAUAAAGAUUACAGAAAAUG